AUGAAUCCUGAUCAAGCCUUUCAACCAGCACGAUAUGGCAGCAACUCGAGAUUCUGUCCUCUGAAAAUAGCACCGACCCCAAAGUCGUCAAUAGUAAAAGUAUUCUCCGUCGAGGUUCACACGUUCUGUGAAGAUUAUUUUAAAAACAUGAGAAGAAUAGCACAACUUGAGAGUCUUAGUAGACAAAUGAUGAAAAUGUUUCAAGCAUUUCAAGCCAAAGAGCAAUCCUUCACCAAUCAGUCGGGUCCAAUACGGAGGCACACCAACAAUGCGAAUUUGGCUUCCAAAUUGGUAAAGUUAGACUUCCCUCGCUAUAACGAGGCCGAAGACCCCGGACUUUGGAUUAGUCGAGUGGAAUAA